GCUGACAGAGUAACAAUGGCUUCUCUUCAGCUCAGUCUUCCCUUCUCAUCGGCUAGCCGGUUCAGACACCGGCCGGUUCUUUGUGCUAACGAGCGCCAGGUGCUCUUUAACCGCAUUGCUCCCGUAUAUGAUAACUUGAAUGAUUUAUUGAGUUUGGGUCAACAUCGAAUAUGGAAGCGAAUGUCUGUAUCCUGGAGUGGAGCAAAAUCUGGAGACAAUGUGUUGGAUGUAUGUUGUGGAAGUGGGGAUCUGACAUUUCUUUUGUCUGAGAAGAUUGGGCCUGAUGGCAAGGUGAGAGGUCUUGAUUUCUCAAAGGAACAAUUGUCAAUAGCUUCAUCGCGGCAGGAGUUGCUCAGAAAGUCCUGCUACAAGAAUAUAGAGUGGGUUGAAGGUGAUGCUCUUGAUUUGCCGUUUUCUGAUUGUUUCUUUGAUGCUAUUACCAUGGGUUAUGGGCUACGAAAUGUGGUAGAUAAACAUAAAGCCUUUGAGGAGAUGUUUCGAGUUCUAAAACCAGGCUCUACAGUAUCUGUCCUUGACUUCAACAAAAGCACUCAACCAUUUACUGCCACGAUUCAGGAAUGGAUGAUUGAUAAUGUUGUUGUCCCAGUGGCAACUGGUUAUGGCCUUGCUAAGGAAUACGAGUAUUUGAAGAGUUCAAUCAAGGAAUUUUUAACAGGGGAGGAGUUGGAGAAGCUUGCUCUGGAAGUAGGAUUUUCUAGAGCUAAACAUUAUGAGAUCGGUGGAGGCCUCAUGGGGAACUUAGUGGCCACUCGUUAACUUCGAGUCCGUUUGUUUUAUUAUUUUGGAUAGGAUUUUGGAAAUAAUAUUGGAUAGUUGAGUAGGGUUAUUAUUACGAGAAUAAGAUUUGAAGAAUAUGUGUUU